AUGCUCGCCAACACUGACUACCAUCUACGCGGCAUCACGACUCAGGACAACGAACGAACGUACCCAGCAGGACAAGCACAGACUAGCAGAUUACCAUUACUCUCUCUCGCCGCACAGCCUGAGCACGGGUCGUCCUCUUCGAAAAGCACAGACAUCAUGUCGCAGACCCUAACGCUCUAUCCGGUCACGGCGUUCACAUUCACAACCAAAGAAGCGCAGCCCGAGGAGGAUCCAUCAGUCGCAGCGCGAUUGCAACGCUUGCAAAACAACUAUGAAGAUCUCGGUAUGAGAAGGACCGUAGAGGCGGUGCUGAUGGUACACGAGCAUGGACACCCGCACGUCCUUAUGCUGCAGAUCGCAAAUGCCUUCUUCAAGCUGCCAGGAGACUAUCUCAAGCCAGGCGAAGACGAAGUGGAAGGCAUCAAAGCUCGUUUGGACGAGAGGUUGGGGCCCGUCGAAAGCGAUCCCAACUCCUUCGGUCCUAACGGGGAAGGGCGCAACAAGGAUGAUGGUGAUUGGGAGAUCCAGGAUUGUCUGGCCCAAUGGUGGAGGCCAAACUUUGAGACAUUCAUGUACCCUUACGCACCACCACACGUCACCAAGCCCAAAGAAUGCAAGAAACUCUUCCUCGUCACCCUCCCACCGACCAAAGUCCUCGCUGUACCCAAAAACAUGAAGCUUCUCGCAGUACCGCUCUUCGAACUCUACGACAACUCACAACGAUACGGUCCUCAGCUCGCCGCCAUCCCACACCUCCUCUCCAGAUACAACUUCAUCUACUCGGAUUGA